AUGUCUCGGUUCAAGAUCAGCAAAAAGCAGCGUCUUGUUGCCACAAUCGCAAUAUCCGGCGGUUUCUUCAUCGCAGAGCUGGUCAUUGGAUACCGCACAAAGUCCCUCGCCCUCAUAGCAGACGCCUUUCACUAUAUGAACGAUCUAAUAGGAUUCGCCGUGGCCUUGAUAGCAGUGAUUGUCUCAGAGAGGGAGAUCCCUCCGCCCAAACACCUGACCUUUGGCUGGAAGCGCGCUCAAGUCCUAGGAGCCUUCUUCAACGGCGUGUUUCUCCUUGCGUUGGGCGUCAGCAUCCUCCUUCAAGCCGUUGAGAGAUUCACUCAACUUCCCCAUGUCGAAGAUCCCGUAUUGGUUCUCAUCAUGGGCUGCAUCGGCCUCGCACUCAACAUCAUAGUCCUGAGCUUCCUCCACGACACAGAACCCCACCACCAGGAACACGUUCAAGAAACCAGACACCCUGACGACGAGUCCAGAGACCCUCCCUCGCCCGCCAACACACCAUCACCAGCUCCAACAUCUCCCAAGCACCACAACCACAACCACACCCGCGACCUCAACAUGCUAGGCGUCCUCCUCCACGUCCUAACCGACGCUCUCAACAACCUCUCCGUCAUAAUCGCCGCCCUCAUCAUCUGGAAAUCCUCCUCUCCUAAUCGCUUCUACGCCGACCCGGCCACCGGCAUCUUCAUCGCCUUUACAAUCGUGCUCUCCGCCGGCCCCCUCUGCCGGCGCGCGGGCCAGAUCCUGAUGGAGAGCGUCCCUGCGGGCGUUGACGUGGAGUUUGUCCGGGGGGAGAUGCUAAAGGUCCCUGGAGUCCAAGACGUCUCGAACCUACUCGUCUGGCAACUAGAUCAGACAACGACCCUCGCAACAGCACACAUCUCCGUAACGGGAAACGGCAUCAGCAGCUUCGCGUCCACGGCCGAUGCUGUUGGCUUAAGAUUACAACAAUUCGGAAUCCGCUCCGUCGCACUGCAGCCUACCACCACGCAACGACGGUCAGGCCCACCGGUCCAGGAAGAUAUAAAGGCUCCUUGAUGCUCAUGUCCGAGAUAAGGUAUGGAAUUGGGGGUAGCUAGCCUCCCACGGCUAGUGAGAUGGUGCUUGAAGCAAGGAGGUUGGACCGGAAUGUGUAAGCCAGUUCCACGUUAAGUUGGAUUUGUACACCCACCAUUUAAACCC